CCUCGCCCUCACUCAGCUCAGCCCAGCGCCAUAUCCAAUCAUCCAGCUCAUGGUCAUGGGUAUGGCCCGAUACGCAAAGCCAAAACUACUGAACAACUGAACCCUCCCUCUCUUCUCCGCUGCCCCCUCCUCCUUUCCCCCACGCCAGCACCCCUACUCCGUCGUCUCGUCGCAGGCAGCAGGUGAAAAUCUCCGGCAUUAAUAAGCGCUCCACGGGGAUCCUCCUCGGCCGCAGACAAAACCCUCCUCGUCAUCCGCGCCACCCUCCCCCCUUGUCUCGCCCAAAUCUUUUUCAUUACCACCCUCUCCCGGUCUGGCGGUCUCCCCUCCUCUCACAUCACGCUCACAGAGCGCCGUCUCUUGUGCUUGGCGUCAACGCGUUAGUUUCUGCGCGCGCGCGUGUGGUGUGGGAGAGGGGACAUCGAGUGGGAGCUCGCGGCUCGGCGUCGGCGGGCGGCGGCCGAUGGGGAGGGCGCCGUGCUGCGACAGGACCAAGGGGCUCAAGAAGGGGCCCUGGACGCCGGAGGAGGACAAGCUCCUCGUCGACUACAUCCAGGCCAACGGCCACGGCAGCUGGCGCCUGCUCCCCAAACUCGCAGGGCUGAACCGGUGCGGCAAGAGCUGCCGGCUGCGGUGGACCAACUACCUCCGGCCGGACAUCAAGCGCGGGCCCUUCAGCCCCGAGGAGCAGAAGUCCAUCGUCCAGCUCCACGCCAUCGUCGGCAACAAGUGGUCCAUGAUCGCGGCGCAGCUGCCGGGGCGGACGGACAACGAGAUCAAGAACUACUGGAACACGCACCUCAAGAAGCAGCUGCGACGAAUGGGGCUUGACGAGCCGCCGCCGGGACCGGCCGCCGGCUGCCCCGCCGCGCGCCACAUGGCGCAGUGGGAGACGGCGCGGCUCGAGGCGGAGGCGCGCCUCUCCCUCCUCGCCUCGUCCUGCUCCUCCGGCGCCACCGCGACCACCGCCACCACCUCUGUGUCCUCGUCGUCGACCUUCGCCGCGGGCGCCGAGAAGGCGUCCUCCAAGCCCGCGGACAUCUUCCUCCGCCUGUGGAGCUCGGACAUCGGGGACUCGUUCCGUCGCAAGACGGCCGCGCCGGCGCUGCCUGCGCCGCCCGUCAAGAGGAAGGACGACGUGGUGAUGAUCAAGCAGGAGGCGCUGGCGCUGCCCGCGCCCGGCGACGACUCCUCGGCGGCGUCCAACGAGACGGAGGUGGCGGAGGCGCUGGAGGAGUACCAGAUGUUCCUCGACUUCGCCGGCGAGGAGCUGGGGCUAUUCCACGGCCGGUACGGUGGGUUCUCGCUGUUCCCGCCGCUCGAGGUGCUCGAGGCGUCCCUGGACACGGCGUUCUAGUGAAGAGGACGCAGGGAGCACCCCACGUACACGUAUAGCAAGCGGCAGUGGCAAUACAUCUACGGCUUGCUAUACGCCUCCACAUGCACGCAUGUAUGUACAUACGCAUGUCUCGCGUAUCGCGUACGUGGUGGUACGUGUGGCUCGACGCAUCAGGGGAUUUUUGGGGUUAGGGCAGCAGGUGUGUGGUUUAGGCGUUUAGCUCGUUAACGGGGUUGGUUAGGGUAGGACAUCAAGGUGUAUUAAUGCUUGUAUUGGGUAUUCUCUGGGUGUGGGUAGGUCACUGGCCUGGAGAUGCUUUAAUACAUCUAGUGAUGUUCUUCAGUUAGAUUUUGGAGCUGCCUUUUGCA